AUGGCUCCUCCAACUAUGUUACAAGCAGCUGCUACCGAAACACAUUUCAAGCUUGCUACAAGCAAUGAAAACACCAUUCAAUUAACUUCCGAAGAACAAGACAACUCAAAAGUCAAAUUUGCCAACUGGGACAACUUUAAGUUCGCCCCAAUUAGAGAAUCCACCGUUUCUCGUGCUAUGACCAGACGUUACUUUGCCGACUUGGAUAAAUAUACUGAAUCUGAUGUCGUUAUUAUCGGUGCUGGUUCUGCCGGUUUAUCUGCUGCUUAUGUCUUAGCUAAGAACAGACCAGAUUUAAAGAUUGCCAUUAUUGAAGCUUCUGUUUCCCCAGGUGGUGGUUGUUGGUUAGGUGGUCAAUUAUUCUCCGCUAUGGUUUUGAGAAAACCAGCGAAUAUCUUCUUGGACGAUUUGAAGAUUGCUUAUGAGGAUGAAGGUGACUAUGUUGUUGUCAAACAUGCGGCUUUAUUCAUGUCUACUUUGCUUUCAAAAGUCUUGGAAUUCCCAAAUAUUAAAUUAUUCAACGCUACCGCUGUUGAAGAUUUAAUCACUCGUCGUGACGAAACUACCGGUGAAUUAAGAAUCGCAGGUGUGGUCACUAAUUGGACAUUAGUCGCCUUAAACCAUGAUACUCAAUCAUGUAUGGACCCAAACACUAUCAACUGUAACGUUGUCUUAUCCACCACUGGUCAUGAUGGUCCAUUUGGUGCAUUCUGUGCCAAGAGAUUGGAAGAAUUGGGUAAGGCUCCAAAAGACCUCACUCAAGGUUUCAAACCAAGAUCCGAGCAACAACAGGCUCCAGCAACUGCUCCAGCUGAUGGUUUCCAAUUAGGUGGUAUGCGUGGUCUCGAUAUGAAUAAGGCCGAAGAUGCUAUUGUCAAAGGUACAAGAGAAGUUGUCCCAGGUUUGGUUGUUGCUGGUAUGGAAUUGGCUGAAGUUGAUGGAUCUAAUAGAAUGGGUCCUACUUUUGGUGCUAUGGCUCUUUCUGGGGUUAAGGCUGCUGAAGCAGUUUUGAACUCAAUUGAUUACAGACAAAAACAAAACCAAACUGGUUAUGGUUCUAAGUAG